UAAAAACUGGAAUGUUUUUAUUUUGGCGCUGUCGUGCUCUUGGAAGAAGCUAGCAGACUGAUCAGUGGUAAUGGAUGCUUUAUUUAGACACCGUUCUCUUUAUAAACCCACCACCCCACCAUGGAAAGAAGCGUACCGAAAGCGCUGUGUGGACAGACUGAAGAACAGCAGGUCCAAACUGCUGGAGCGCUACCGACAAAUGGGGGGGAGUCCCCAGCGUAAAGCCUUGGGAGGGUCCUUUAUCGUCCAGGAGGUGAUGGAGGAGGAAUGGAGCGCUCUGCAGGCAGAAAACCAGCACAACCUUCCCUCUCUAUGGGGGUCCAGUGACAUGACAGAGAUGUUUGGUGUCACAAAGGAAUAUGAUGAACUGGCAGUACUUGAAGAAAUCCAGCAGGAGCUUUUGUCUCAUGAAAUGUCCAUAAUUGAAGAAUGUGAGAAAAAUCAACAGUUUGAACAACAAUAUAUAUCAUCUAUAGUGGAAGGACUGGACCAAGACAUGGAUCAAAUAAUUUGUCCCAUUUGCCAUGUGAAUAAUCUGACUGUAAAUAAUAUUUUUAUUUCCUGUUCUUGUGGAGUAUAUAUUAAUACUAGGAGUCGCAAUAUCAGUCCAGAAGUUCUAAAACACCUGCUGGAAUCCCGAGUUUCUGAGCACAUGGAGGAUUGCCUUGACAAUCCCAUCUUUUCUAUGGCAUCUAAUGCAGACAGUCCUCCUAGCCUGCUGAUGAGCUGCCAGGCCUGUGACUAUUUGUCUGUUGUCCUGUGAGAGUCUAUUUGUAUAUUUGAAUUUCAUAU